AACUGUUACGCGACGAGAACGAAAUUUGCAUAAAAUAAUUUACUUUUUUUUGUCGGUGUUAAACAGUUUGAACGACGCUUAGCGUUUUAGUGUGUAAUACAAUUAAACGAAAUCGAACGAGUGUCAGCUAGAAGUGCGAGAGAAAGAGAGCGCCAGUGAUAGAUUCAAUCCAGAGCAGCACCCCCGCAAAAAGAAACUGUGUUUUUUUUUUUUUAUAACCCAAUUUAGACAAAAUUUAAUAACAACAACAAAUAUGUUGCGCUCUCUGUCACGCAUUAGCGAAUUACCAAUCGUUGUUAGACAAUUGCAAAAAGUACGUACUGCAAUUAACCAGGACAAUGUUUUUACUAACAACAACAGCAACAACAACAAACGAAGCAUCAGCAACCACAGUCACAAUAAUAACAAUAACAAUAAGAGCCACGGCAAUCAUUGGACAGAGCGGCUAAAACAACAACAACAACAACAGUUGAUAACUAACGGCAAUCGCAGUUAUUCAUCAUCAUUUUUCGGUCUAUUCCAGAGUGCAUCAGCAGCACAGGGUGGUCUCAGCAAAACCAGCACCAACAACAACUAUGCCACGGAAGCUACAAUCGAAGUGAAUCGUCCCUUCAAGCUGCACCGUCUGGACGAGGGACCCGCGACCACGGUGAAACUGACCAAGGAUGAGGCUCUCAAGUAUUACACACAAAUGCAAACGAUUCGUCGUAUUGAGACAGCGGCCGGCAAUCUGUACAAAGAGAAGAUCAUUCGUGGCUUCUGUCAUUUGUAUUCCGGCCAGGAGGCGUGUGCUGUGGGCAUGAAGGCGGCCAUGCGAGAUGUGGAUAACAUCAUUUCGGCCUAUCGUGUUCACGGAUGGACCUAUCUGAUGGGUGUAUCGCCCAAUGGAGUCCUAGCCGAAUUGACCGGAGUCCAGGGUGGUUGUGCUCGCGGUAAAGGAGGCUCCAUGCACAUGUAUUCGCCCAAUUUCUAUGGCGGCAAUGGCAUUGUUGGCGCUCAGGUGCCUCUGGGUGCUGGCGUUGGUUUGGCCUGCAAGUACAAGGGUAAUGGUGGCAUGUGCCUGGCUCUUUAUGGUGACGGUGCCGCCAAUCAGGGACAAGUGUUCGAGGCCUACAACAUGGCCUAUUUGUGGAAAUUGCCGGUAAUCUUUGUCUGCGAGAAUAACAACUAUGGCAUGGGCACCAGUUCGGAGCGUGCUUCCUGCAACACGGAUUACUAUACUCGUGGUGAUGCCCUGCCUGGCAUUUGGGUUGAUGGCAUGGAUGUGCUGGCUGUGCGCAGUGCAACUGAAUUUGCCAUUAACUAUGUGAAUACUCAUGGACCGUUGGUUAUGGAGACGAAUACGUAUCGUUAUUCGGGUCAUUCCAUGUCCGAUCCGGGCACAUCUUAUCGUACACGUGAAGAGAUUCAGGAAGUGCGUCAGAAGCGUGAUCCCAUCACAUCAUUCAAGGAGCUGUGCAUUGAGCUGGGUCUCAUUACGGCCGAUGAGGUUAAGGCCAUUGAUCUGAAGGUACGCAAGGAAAUCGAUGAGGCCACCGCCUUUGCCAAGAGUGAUGCCGAGUUGGCUGUCAGCCAUCUCUGGACCGAUGUCUACUCCAACAAUCUGGAACCCAAACUGCGUGGACCCAUUUCUUACAAUUUGGAUCACAUUCAGGAGCGCAAGGGUGUCAACCAUUAAACAAACGAAAUCUCUAGCUUUUAAGCCGAAAGAUGAUGUUAGAACUUUUGUCAAGCACACACACACACACACACAUAUAGAAGACAUACUGACGGACUAAUAGAAAGACAGAACCACUAAGUAGUUAUCCACCCAUCUUAGCAUCCUUCUAACCAGUGGGCCAGUGGCAAUUGUAAUGGAUAUUAUUAUAAUCGUGUUCAAUAUGGAUAAAGCGGGAUGUAAAUUUGUUGAGUCAAAAAAAAAACAACUGAUAAAAUAUAUAUUACAAAAAAUA